UGUGUGUUGGUCACACUUGACAAAAAGCCGAGCUCAGAAGUUUUUUUUAUUCAAUUUUUUAAUUCGGCCCGCAAAACAACAAUUUUCUUAUCGCUCAAUAUAUUUUAGUGGUUGUAAUUAUAUUUUUCCGAGAAAAGUGGGAGAACCAAUUAAAAUUAAACGUGUCAAUGUACGUGGUGUAUUUUUUUUUGUGAUUCAGUUUGUCGUUUUGUUGUUGCUGCGUGCGUAGAAUUUGUGAAAAGAGAAAGUUCUGCGCUGCGUCUUUCUCCACCUCUCUUUCUACCAUUUACAGUCGUGGCCAAGAAGUUGCGCCUGCGCAGCGACAAUUUCACAAGAAAUUGAGGUCGACUGAGUGUAGUCAUCUAAUUGAAGAAUCAUGGGCACCAAGCAGACAACAUCACCCGUCGCCAGCAAGGGCAAUUCCAACGACUCCUCCAGAGGAUCGCCCUCGAAACUGAAGUCCAAUGGCGUCCAGACCCAAAGCAAGGGCAAAAAGAAGGAGGUGAAUGCCCUGCCGCCCCAGAAAUCGGUGGUGGUGGCUUAUCUAUGCUGGCUUUUCGGCGGGAUCUUUGGAUUGCAUCAUCUGUAUCUGCAUCGGGAUCGCCACGCCUUUAUUUGGUGGUGCACUCUGGGCGGCUACAUGGGCAUCGGAUGGAUGGGCGAGCUGUUCCUGAUCCCGGAAUAUGUCCGGGAUGCGAAUGAGGAUCCGCGAUUCGUCAAGUUGUUCGUGGCCAAGCUGCAGGCGUAUCCGAAACCGACAUACUCCUCGAAGAGAUUCGUGGGCCAGGUGAUGAUCGGCCACCUGUUCGGCCAGGUGUGCGCAAUGGCCAUUCCGGAGUCACUGGUCGGCGGCUGGGACCUGAGCUUCCUGCACUGGGCCAUACCGCUGUUCGUGUCCUUGGGCGUUUGGCUGGUGGGCAACAUUGGCCGGGAGCAGGGCGUCUGGUGGCACUGCCUCUUGGCCGCCUAUUUGGUCUAUCCGGCCAGGUAUCUGAUCUAUGACGAGACCUACUCCCUGCUGCUCACUGGCCUCGUUGCGGCCUUGACCUUUGAUGGCAUCUCCAAGCAGUGGCGUAGGACUCCGCCGCGCCGAGGAAGCGCUGGAGAAAGGACCUUCAAGCUCACCACCGCCGUUGUCAUAUACUGCGCCUUCUGGGGCAGCUUCCUGUACUUCAAUGGUACCAUUUCGGACGAGGACGGCGGCGAGGUGCCCAUCCACGAGGCCAUCCACAACUUCCUGGCCUCCGCCUGGUGGACGGAUCUCAAGCAGGCCCUGCUGGACACCUACAACUAUGCGCAACAUCACGGAUGGUACGAGACCUGGAAGGAGGUGUUUGAGAGCAUGGACGUGGAUGGCGAGCGGAAUUCGUACAAGGUGCUGGGCGUGAGUGCCACAGCCUCGCAGGCGGAGAUCACCGCCUCCUACAGGAGGCUUUCCAAGGAGUACCAUCCCGACAAGGUCAAGGACGAGGCCCUGCGUGCCCAGGCUCACCAGCGAUUCAUCGAGAUCCAACAGGCUUACAGUGUGCUCAGCAAGAUCAAGUCUAACCGGCGGCGCAAGAACAAGCAGUUCCAGGAGGACGAAGCCAUCGUCCUUUGAGGGCAGCAGUCCUCCAUCUAGUCUAAGAUAGCUGGCAUUUCGACGUCCAGCAAUCGUAGCAUAAGCUGUCGGUCUGCUUUUGGUUUUCAUUGUUUGCCGUUCCCAAAACUAGUAAAACCCACAAAUUCUAGAACCAAAACUUGUUUCCUGCUGUAACUCUUGACAACUAUUAGAGCCUAAGUAAAUCUACAUUAACGAAUAAUAAUUUAACUUUAAAUUUUAUAUAUUUUAAAACAUUUAUGAUGGGUUUCCCUAAAAGUUCGGACUACAUACAAAAAAGUACCUAAUAAUCUUAAAAUGUCAUUAUAAAUUGUAAAAAAAUAAUUGUGUUUCAGUUUCCAUGCAUGUUCAGACAUGUUGCUAAUUCUUUAAAAUUUUUAAUUGUUUAACAUACUGGGUAUUUAUUUGGCGCUUAAAACGGCUUUUCCAUAUGCAGCUUCCAUAAAGAAGCGAAAUUAUAACAAAUUAGUUGCGCUUACGAUACGAUAAGAAAAUGUUUUUAACUAAUUAACGCAUGACCGACAGAACAUUACCAAAUCACGUUUACUUCCUCCAGUAAAAGUAAUCAUUUCAAUUAGAUUUAUAUUCAUUUAUUUGUUUUAUAUAUUUUACAUAAUAUAAUGAACUACUUAACAUGCUAAGCAAAAAAAAAAGAAAAAUAUUUGUUGUAUUUUUUUUCUCACAAAUUUGUUGUGUAUGUGUUUUUUUCAUUAAUGUUUAAGUAAAUCGUUUAAAUAAAACGAAAAAGAUAUAUAUAUAUAUAUAUCGUUUUGUAGACGUGUUUAUGGUAUAUCAUAAGAUUUCUCUUUAAUCUUAAUUGCCAUCGCAGGGAGUUUGUUGUUUAAGAAGAAAAAAUCAAACUCGAAAUCGAAAAACGAAAAAUCGUAAAAAUAGUGUUUACGAAAAAAAAAUAUAAACAGGAAACAAUAACUCGCUUAAAUUUAGUUUAAAACAUAAUACUGAGCAAAAAAUGUGUAUAUAACAUUUUGCCUACUAGAUUUUUUGCUUUUGUUUAAAGAUAUUUUUAUAUAUUAAUUAAUUGCUUUUCGUUUUGUUUGUUUUUUUCAUUUUUGCACUGAUCUAUCGUAUAUAUAUAUUUUUUAAAUAUAUAUUUCAUUAAGGCCAGUAGUGUUUUAACUUUACAAAUUUGACUAUUUUCAUAUAAUUGUUUUUUUUUUCUUGUGACUGGUUUUUGUGUUUCGUGUGGGCGUGUGUAGAUUAUCACGUUUUCUUUUCUUUU